GGGGCUCAUACAAAUUGAAGGGGCGGGUAAAUAUAAUAAUGUGUGCCUCGUCCCUUUAAUCGCAGUGACUAAAGAAGAGUGUUGAGUGAUGGGGGCAAAGGAGACACGGGGAGAAGGGAGCUGGUCUAAAGUUACAAACCACCAUAUUCCACUCCGUCUCUCUCCUCCCUCCUGCUUCAGGCUCAGUGAAGGUCCACACCAGUGUUCCAGCAAUGUGACUGAUUGAUCCGCUAGAUGAACAGUAAAGAUUAAGAGGAUGACAAAUAUGCAUGCUGCUUACACAGCGCUUGGAGCUAAUCCUCCCCCUCCACCCCCUGGGCUCCCUUUUGAGGACCUGCUGCCGAGGAGAACCCACAGACGGCUACAGACCCCAGCAGCACUUAGCCUCCAGACAGAACAGCAACAAGUGUCAGAUCAUCCUAUGGCAGGAGCCCAGACCACCUUCAUCUGCUGAAGUCUGCAACACAGUAGAGGCUGAGAACUGCUCAUCUGGAUAUAUUAUUAACAAGAGAUCGAGCUUACCUGACAAGAGCAGCAACUUUGUCUCACAUCAUUGAACUUCAUCUUUUUUUUGUGGAAAAUGAUGGAAGAUCACCUGUCAAAGAUCCCCCUGAUGGCCUCAUCGUCUCCCACCGAGUCGUCUGGCAGCAGCGGGACUGAAGACAGCAGAGGAGCUAAGAGUCCGGGCCCGGGAAAAGCUCUGAGCCCAGCUCUGGUCUGCAAAGUCUGCGGAGACACCAGCAGCGGGAAACACUAUGGCAUCUACGCCUGCAAUGGUUGCAGCGGCUUCUUCAAGAGGAGCGUGAGGCGGAGGCUCAUCUACAGGUGCCAGGCAGGUACCGGCAUGUGUCCAGUGGACAAAGCCCACCGGAACCAGUGUCAGGCGUGUCGGCUGAAGAAGUGUCUGCAGGCCGGCAUGAACAAAGACGCCGUGCAGAACGAGCGGCAGCCCCGCAGCACCGCCCAGGUCCGCCUGGACUCCAUCGAUGUGGACCCAGAGAAGGAGCACCUGGCCACUACAAGAGAGCCCACAUCCUCGUCCUCCUCGUCCUCCUCUUCCUCCAGCAGUUCUGUCAUCACAUGGCCCCACAUCACUUCCUCGAUGGCCAUCACGUCCUCCGUCACCCCCCAGCGCUGCAUCAGUCCCCAGAACAACCACCGCUUCAUGGCCAGCCUCAUGACGGCUGAGACCUGUGCCAAGCUGGAGCCUGAAGACGUGGAUGAAAACAUUGAUGUGACGAGCAACGAGCCGGAGAGAGCCUCGUCAGAGUACCACAUGGCUCUGUACCCCUCCAGCUCAGAAAACGUUUACGAGACCUCAGCCAGGCUGCUCUUCAUGUCUGUCAAAUGGGCCAAAAACCUGCCGGUUUUCUCCAACCUGCCCUUCAGGGACCAGGUCAUCCUGUUGGAGGAGGCGUGGAGCGAGCUCUUCCUGCUCUGUGCCAUCCAGUGGUCACUGCCGCUGGACAGCUGCCCGCUGCUGUCCCUGCCGGACCUCUGCCCCGGCAUGCAGGGCAAAACCAGCUACACCAGUCUGGACCUGCGGCUCCUGCAGGAGGUCUUCAGCCGCUUCAAGGCCCUCGCUGUUGAUCCCACAGAGUUUGCCUGUCUCAAGGCCAUCGUGCUUUUCAAACCCGAGACUCGAGGUUUGAAGGAUCCUGAACAAGUAGAGAACCUCCAAGAUCAGUCUCAGGUCAUGCUGGGACAACACAUCCGCUCCCACUACCCCAGCCAACCAGCCAGGUUUGGAAAGCUGCUGCUUCUUCUCCCCUCGCUGCGUUUCGUGAACUCUGAGCGGAUCGAGUUGCUGUUCUUCCACAGGACCAUUGGAAACACUCCCAUGGAGAAGCUGCUGUGUGACAUGUUCAAAAACUGAAUUACACACAACCCUGUGUGCAGAUUUCAGCGUGACUCAGACCGAUAACGUGACGGAUGUUUGCUUGCUUCACUGCACUCAUGUCUCUUGUUAUUUUUGUAAAAACCUCUGUAUUUUUUUGUUUUGUUUGUUGCUUCUCUGUCUGCCAUUGCUGAACCACGAAACAACUGUUGAAACACUUGCCGUCUGUUUCAAUUAUGCUUAGACAAUAAUUUAUUUCUUUGCGGAUUUCAUUUCAGCCUGUAGUGUUUUGUUUUUGGUGUUUCAUCAUCAUGUUAGUGUGCAGAUGUCUGUUGGUAGAUGGAUUAUGUGCUACAUCUGUCAAUAAUGUGACUUAAGUUUUGCCUUUUUAAAGUAAAAAGUGUUGAAACUGA